CUCGACAAACCCCCCUCCCCCCUCUCUCCCUCUUCCUUCUCUGUUGACCAGAAGGAAUGGUUGGUAACAGAUUUUACCUUUGAUGCUUCUUUACCUCCUGCACAAGCGAACUAAAGUCCCAACGCACUCUCGAGAUCAUCUCCGGGAUCAAGAGCCACCCGGAGUCCCUAAAUCGACUUCCCUACCAAUCCUCCUAUCGAGAGCGCUCUCUCCGUCCGUCAGUCCGAUGGUCUAACCACUUUGUGAACAAAUACGUGUGCCUGCUGGUAUCAUAGAGCCUUGAGAUCACCGCGCUCAGCAUGGCGCCAAGCAUGGACAUGGGCCUUUUGCCCAUGAUUAAAUGCUCCAAUUGUGGAAUGAGUGUUGAGAUUUCCGCCAUGGGGGACCAUGUGUGCGCCAAAAUAGAAUCAGCUCCCCCACACUCGCCGCCGCGCCCUCCUUCGAAAUCGAGCAUUGGAUCACCACCCAAAGCAGGCAAUGCGUGGGCUGCAAGAGCCGGCAGGAUGAACCCGCCACCACGCAUUGACCCGUCAGUUGCCAAUCGACCGUUCCUGCACCCGCGCAGUCCGAUGGACAAUAAAGAUCUCCUCGUUCCCUCACCUCUCUCCACCGCAACUUCGGGAGGAGCACGCUCGCCACUGCGUCCGACGCCUCAACGUAGCCAAACAUCCCCUCUACCAAGAGAGCCACAAUCACCAGACUCGAUCAACAUGGAGACUGCGUUUGCCUCGUUCCCAUUGCCUCGCUCGAUGUCGGAUAGACGUCCGACCGCGAUUUCCGACUCGAUUGCAGCCGGAAAGGUUCCUCCCCUCCCGUCCACACGACAUGCAAGCAGUUUGAGUCGAGACGGUCAUAAUGCACCUGUUGAACUGCCGGCAGACAACGAAGUCCCACCACCUCCACUUCCCAAAGACGGCCCACCUCUACCCGGCGUGUCCCACCGGUAUGGGACAUCGAUAGAUAGCAAAAGUAGCUACAGAACUUCAGUGGCUAGCACGCGAUAUAGCGACCAUCGAACCUCCAAACGAUCGACCUCCAUAUCCAUUCGACACCCCUCGUUUGGCAGCGUAUCGCGCGAGCACCUCAAAUACAUUGAUGAAGAGGCUCCCCCGGUGCCGGCCCCAGCACCCCAAAACUUGCUCCUUCCCGGACGACUCUCUGGAGCCGAGAUCGCAGAGAAGCCGGAGGGAAGAGGUGAAAUUUACAGCGGAUUUGAUUUCGGGAUGUCAAAUCGGCCGACAAGCGCCAAGGCCGAGCUUGAUCACGUUGCACCUGCGUCGCUGCGAGUAUCCUCUCAUACGAGUCGUAGCUCUGGCAGGCUUAGUAGCAAUCGCGGAUCAGCUGAGCUGUUCUUCCAGAGCCCUACCCCAAGUCCUAAUGAGGCACCCGUCGAUUUUGAAUUCCCGGAUGAGCCAGCGGUGUCUCCUGCCGCUCCAGCUAACGUGGAGUAUAAGGCUUUCAAAGUAGAGAGCUCGGAAGUCCCGCAGCCGACUGAUGCUGAAAACCUACCGAUUCCAGGUCAAGACGAAAUGCAAAGAGAAGAUUUCGAUGCUGCAAGUGAAAGCAACACCUCUACUUCCAACUUUGCUCGGGCUCUGGGGCUUGAUGUUCCGGAUCCUGCAGCAGAUAGCUCAAUCACAUCGUCAGAUUCAUCGCCCUCUGACACUCGCAGCGGCACCUCCCUCUCCAGUCUACCAUCCGAAGCAAGCCUUUCUCGAAGGCAACCGUCAGAUCCCAGUCGCCUUGAUUCUGUGGUGGAGGAGCUGAAGGGCGCCCGCCGCCCGAAGGAACCCGUACUGGACGAGCCUGUCAUGGAGAGCCCGAUUGACCUCGAGCCUCCACGGAUUACAGAGCACCUGUUCAGCCCGGAUUCACCGACUGACCCUGCCAUCUCUCAAGGCAGCCUAUCGCUCGUUUCGGAGAAGCUGCCACGAAAGCCGGACAGUCAUCAGCCGGAGAGACCCACUAUGCUCCGCUCUACGACGGCGCCCGCGCCGGCCCCUCGGCCGUCCCCACGCCCUAAGGGGCCGUGUCGUGGUUGCGGUGAGAUGAUUGUGGGCAAGUCUGUCUCCUCGGCCGAUGGCCGUCUCACCGGCCGGUACCAUCGUGCCUGCUUUGUCUGCUUCCAGUGCAAGACGCCUUUCGAAACAGCCGAUUUCUAUGUCCUCGAAGAUCGACCAUUUUGUGCUCAGCAUUAUCAUGAACGCAAUGGCUCUCUCUGCGCCACAUGCCAUACUGGGAUAGAGGGGCAAUAUCUUGAGACGGAAGAACGUCGCGGCCGUGGCCCAGGCGACCGUCGGAAAUUCCAUCCCAACUGCCUUAAAUGCCGCACCUGCGGCAUCGCACUCAAUGGUGACUACUUUGAAUGGUACGGGCAAGUUUAUUGCGAGCGCGAUGCUCGACAGGCAGCGGCUGCAACGAUGCCUCCCCCACGAACCCCCCGCUCCCCUAUGCCCAUGUCUCCAAUGGGACCUCCUCCCGGUCGUGGCUAUCCUCCUCCUCCAGGAUACGGUGGUCGCGGUCGCGGUCGACCGCCUCCUGGCCCUCGUCCUGGCUCUUCUGCGAGCCAGGCUCCUCCGGUCCCCAUGCUACGCCCUCCGGGUCCCGGGGAUGGGCCGUAUGGAGCGAUUGGGGCGCUUCCUAACUCCCGGCGAUUCCCCGAACGACGCACCACCAAACUCAUGAUGAUAUGAUUCCUAUAACUACCCAUGUGAUGGACGUGAUCUCCAGCAAAUAUUCAUAAUUUUUAAAUCGUCCUCGCCACGAGGAUGCAUUCUCACCGUUAUGCCUCCUUUGCUUGUUCUUCGUGCCUCCCAUUUUGCCUCUUCGAUGACCCUAGAUUUUCUUUGCCUUAUACCCUUUUUCACCAUACGGCUUCAAUGUGUAUAGACCUUUGUGAUUCUGACUCUAUCGUUACUAUUUCCCCACACUGCUGGCAGAUUUCAAUGCCAGUUUGGAAUGACUAUCAUCGUUGUUUACCUACAUAUCGAUAUGUAUCAUAUGGUGCCCACCUCGACAUAGGGAUGAUUGCGGGGUUCUUUGUACAAUUU